AUGUGGUUCAAGGCGAAAACGUUUGACGUUGCAAAGACCGCGCAUCAGGGGGAACACCCGUGCAGGGAGCACCUUACCUGCCCGCAAAGUAAUGUUUAUUUAAAUUCUAUAAUUCUUCAGGGUGAAAAAAUAGUUGAUGACAGCGUAGGAGUCCAUUUUCCUGAGGAGUUGUACAAACUUGCAAGGAAGUCACAGCCCCAAAGGCUCACCUGGUUCAUAUCCCAGGUCCUGGAUGAGGUGUCCCAGCUCCUGGAGGAGGAUCUGGACACAGUGGCCUGGGACGAGAAGAAGAUGAAGGACUUCAUGAGCACCCUGAACACACAACUGGAGGGCACUGAGUCAUGUGUCGUGUCUAAGAUGAAGAAGAGCAAGAGACUGAACCUGUACUUCAAGAAGCUGAGAAAUGAAACACUGGGGAAAAUGGAGGACGAGGCCCAGGCAUGGGAGCUGAUCAGGAAGGAGGUGCACAAGCAUCUGAAGUGGGUCGACCUUUUGGCCAGCACACGCCUGUAGUCUAAACACCCAGGCUUACCACAGCGGUGGGAAACCGUACUGAAGACGCGU